GCUAAAUAUAAAGUAUGGUCGGCUAUUUGAGUAGCUCUUGGUAAAGUAUUCUAUGAAUCGUGAACUUUUUUUGCUGUAGCUUACACAUAUAUAUUUUUAAAUCAUGAACAUGUUUGACUACUGUAUGUGUGUGUGUAUAUAUAUUUGAUGAUGUAUCAUUAAACCUGAACUGUAUUGAAAUAUGCAGUCGUUUAAGUAAAGGUAUUUAUGCUGAUCGAAACAUUGAGAAAUAUUCUUUCAGCAGAAAAAAAUAUAACAGAUUAUAAACUUUCAUCUAUAUGAGUUUAAACUAAGUUUUGCAAACAUGACAAUCAGCUUUGGGACAUGCUAUAAGUAUAUAUUUUUUCUCCAAUUGUCUGUAGUAAUGGCUUUUCCUGAAAAAAUUCCUGUUGGUUCAUUAUUCCAAACAGAUAACUUAUCACAACGCAUAUUUAUAGCUUCACUUGAAGAAAUGAAUUCUCAAUUUGAUAAAGAAGAUGUAGAUGCAAUAAAAUUAGAAUUUACAUCAUAUAAUGUAUCAUCCGACAUUUUGGAUGUUACCCAUAAAGUCUGUACUUUAUUAGAGAAAGGAACAACAGCCAUUUUUGCACAUUUAGAUCGAUUAAAUAUCUUUCAUCUCCAGAGUAUGUGCGACUCUAUGGAAAUUCCAUUCAUAACAGUUCAAUGGGAUCCAUAUCAAAUUCGUGGAAAAUCAAUAAAUCUUUAUCCAAAUGCUGCAGUUCUUUCUGAGAUAUUUCCCCAGCUUAUUAAAGAGAUGGAAUGGAAACAAUUUGCCUUAGUUUAUGAUAGUACUGAUAGUCUCAUACGUUUAAAUAAAGCAUUAACCAAAAAAUGGACUUAUGGAGAUAUUCCAAUAUCUUUUUAUCGAAUAGAGAAAAAUACAAAUUAUAGGUUUACCCUUGGACAAAUAAAACAUUCUGGAGAAAAAAAUAUAAUUAUUGAUUGUUCUUAUGAUAUUUUAGAAGAUUUAUUACAGCAAGCAUUAGAAGUUGGAAUCAUUACAGAAUAUUUUAAUUUAUUGAUUACAUCAUUGGAUUUACAUACAAUAAAUUUAAAGCCGUAUCAAUAUUCUGGUGUAAAUUUGACUGGGAUACGUUUAAUUCAGCCGGAAGGCUACACGACUAUUCAAGAAAUCAUGAUUCGUCAAGAAAGCUAUUUUAAAUUAAAAAAAUAUCCUAAUUUUCGCACUGAACAUGCUUUAAUUUAUGACUCAGUUAAAAUAUUUGCUGAAGGUUUUAAACGUUUAAAAUCUGCAACCAAGGGUAACUUAAAAAAAAUUGUUUGUAACAAAACUGAAAGUUGGGAACAUGGAAUAAGUUUAAAUAACUUUAUUAAGUCCGUUGAUAUAAAAGGUCUAACAGGACCAAUUUGCUUUGAUAAUGCUGGAUUUCGAAGUAACUUUGAAAUAGGAAUUUUUAGUUUAGAAUACAGUGGAAUCAAAGAAACUGGAAAAUGGAAUUCUUCAAAGAAUGUAGAAUGGUUUAUAAACACAUCGUCAGGAAGUAAUCAGGAUAGUUUGUCACUACAUAAUACGACAUUCAGAGUCUUAAUAGCACUGACAAAACCAUAUGGCAUGUUAAAAGAAACAGUUUCUAAAAUGUCUGGCAAUGAACAGUAUGAAGGAUUCGCUAUUGAUAUUAUUCAUGAAAUAAGUAAAAUGCUGGGAUUUAAUUACACUUUUUCCGUACAAAUGGACAACGUUUACGGAUCUUUGAAUCAGGAUACAAAACAAUGGAAUGGAAUGCUAAGAAAGAUCAUCGAUGAUGAAGCAGAUCUGGCAAUUACUGACCUUACCAUAACAGAAGAACGCGAAAAAGCUGUUGAUUUUACUAUGCCAUUCAUGAACUUAGGUAUUAGUAUUUUAUACCAAAAGCCGAAAGCUGCGCCACCAAGUUUGAUGUCUUUUUUAUUACCAUUUUCUACAAAUGUAUGGCUAUACUUAAUAGGUGUUUAUAUAGUUGUAUCUACAUUAUUCUUUGUAAUUGGAAGAAUGUGCCCUGCAGAAUGGAAUAACGUAUAUCCAUGCAUUGAAGACCCUGAUGAACUUGAAAAUCAAUUCACAUUUAGGAAUUCGUUGUGGUUUUGUAUUGGUGCUGUUAUGCAACAAGGUUCGGAAAUAGCUCCAAUAGGUAAUUCUACGAGAAUGCUAGCCGGUUGCUGGUGGUUUUUUUGUUUAAUUAUAGCGAAUUCAUACACUGCUAAUCUCGCUGCAUUUUUAACAGUCGAAACCAUAGAUAGACCAAUAAAAAAUGUUGACAGCUUAGCUAAUCAAAAUAUUAUCAAAUACGGAGCAAAGAAAGGAGGAUCAACUUUAGACUUUUUUAAAGCAUCAAAUUCUUCAACAUAUGUAAAAAUGUAUCAGUAUAUGAUAGCUAACGAGAAAGAAGUCUUGACAGCUGACAAUGAUGAAGGAAAGAAGAAAGUUUUAACAGAAAAUUAUGCUUUUUUAAUGGAAUCAUCGUCGAUUGAGUAUAUUCAAGAAAGAGAAUGCAAUCUCAGUCAGAUUGGUGGACUUUUAGAUCAGAAAGGUUAUGGUAUAGCAAUGAAAAAAAAUGCUUCAUACAGAAAUGAUCUAAGCAGCGCGGUACUAAAAUUACAAGAAAAAGGAGUUUUAACGUCUCUAAAAAAUAAAUGGUGGAAAGAAAAAGGUGGCGGUGGGCGAUGCCAGGAAGAUUCUAGCGGAAAUCAAGCAAAAGAGCUAGGCCUGGCUAAUGUAGGCGGAGUUUUUUUAGUUCUCAUUGUAGGCGUUGCACUAUCAUUUAUAGGGACGAUUUUUGAGUUUAUGUAUAGUAUCAUAAUAAACAGCAAUAAAAAUAAAUCUAUAAAAAUAAAAGAUAAUUUGAAAAGCGAAUUAAACUUCAUAAUAAAGUUUGGAGUAUCUACAAAGCCAGUUAAUGAUUUAGAUCUUUGAAUAUCAACAGUGUAUAAUAAUAUAACCGAGCAUAUUAGUAAACAUCAUAGAUACAUGACUAAUUAUAAAAUCGUGUGUACAAAAUUUUGUGUCAAUAAAGAGAUUCUCUACCUUGUCAUACUGA